CUGAGCUGACCCAUAGACUCGUAAAAACCGACAGGGCCUCAGCACCCUCGCCUGGGAUACCCAAACUCUUGGACCAAAGGUGCAAAGUCUUGCCCACAUCAAGGAUCUGGCUGCUUUCUUGGGGACCAAGAGAUUGGGUUUUUGUUUCUACGCUUACUCUGGCAAUCCAUGAGGUUUAAUGAAUUACGUGGGGACACUGGCCAUAUAAAAACACAAGCAGGCACUCAGUCUCGGACCAGUCAACCACGGAGUUGGAAUUCAGGUCUGACCCAGGACCACGGGUUCCAAGGCGAGAGACUCUGGGGCACCUGCACGCACUCUCCAGAUCAGAGUGCUGACAGAAAGAAUGUUCAAACAUCUUCGGAAAUGGUUCGUCACUCACUUCUUUGGGCAUUCUCGACAAAGAGCGAGGCUGGUCUCCAAAGAUGGAAGGUGCAACAUCGAGUUUGGCAACGUCGAGGCACAGUCGAGGUUCAUAUUCUUUGUGGACAUCUGGACGACUGUGCUUGACCUCAAAUGGAGAUACAAAAUGACCAUCUUCAUUACAGCCUUCUUGGGGAGUUGGUUCCUCUUUGGUCUUCUGUGGUAUGCGGUAGCCUACAUUCACAAAGAUCUCCCUGAGUUCCAUCCUUCUGUCAACCACACCCCCUGUGUGGAGAACAUUAAUGGCUUGACCUCAGCUUUUCUGUUUUCUCUGGAAACACAAGUGACCAUUGGAUAUGGAUUCAGGUGUGUGACAGAACAAUGUGGCACUGCCAUUUUUCUCCUUAUCUUCCAGUCUAUACUUGGAGUCAUCAUCAAUUCUUUCAUGUGUGGUGCCAUUUUAGCCAAGAUCUCCAGACCCAAAAAACGUGCCAAGACCAUUACAUUCAGCAAGCAUGCAGUGAUCAGUAAGCGGGGUGGGAAGCUCUGUCUCCUAAUCCGAGUGGCUAAUCUUAGGAAGAGCCUCCUUAUUGGGAGUCACAUAUAUGGAAAGCUUCUGAAGACCACCGUCACUCCUGAAGGAGAGACCAUUAUUCUGGACCAGAUCAACAUCAAUUUUGUAGUUGACGCAGGGAACGAAAAUUUAUUCUUCAUCUCCCCACUGACAAUUUACCAUGUCAUUGAUCCAAACAGCCCCUUCUUCCACAUGGCAGCAGAAACCCUUCCCCAGCAAGACUUUGAAUUAGUGGUGUUUUUAGAUGGCACAGUGGAAUCAACUAGUGCUACCUGCCAAGUCCGGACGUCCUACGUCCCAGAAGAGGUGCUCUGGGGCUACCGCUUUGCUCCCAUAGUAUCCAAGACAAAGGAAGGGAAAUACCGAGUGGAUUUCCAUAACUUUAGCAAGACAGUGGAAGUGGAGACCCCUCACUGUGCCAUGUGCCUUUAUAAUGAGAAAGAUACUAGAGCCAGGAUGAAGAGAGGCUAUGACAAUCCCAACUUCGUCUUAUCAGAAGUCAAUGAAACAGAUGACACCAAAAUGUGACAGUGGCUUUUCAACAGGAGUAAUGGAAAGUCUUGAAGAUACACGGUGACUAGAACUAUGAUGAAGUGAUCGAAAAUUUGAGGGUAUGAAAUUAAGACAAGAGCCUUCAACGUCUACCAGCACCACGCCCCUGAACUCCAUAGCCAUGAUCUUACAGACAUAUAGCUCUACAAGGCACCUGCAUUAGAACAUGCAAUAUAUUUCUAGAAAACUGCAAUAUGGAAGCCAUAGGAAUUCACUUGGAAUCUUGAAUAUGAUUAUUUGAAAUCAUGCAAUGUUGAUAGAAACGGACAAAAUCAUCGACAGUUUCAUGGACAGGACAAAAAAGAUCUUAAAAUUCUCUUUGAAGAAGUUAUGAGCUUUAGAUAGGAUCAGAAUUCUUAUUUAGAUUCUACUGAUAAAAAAUAAGCCACUUUUAACAUUGGCUUUUGUCAAAGAAAAAAAAAAAUCAGUCUCCUGAGGAUGGAGAGAAUGAACUAAUCGAAGAUGGCAAGAAAAGACUGAUACUCAAAGAACAACUGAGGCUCUGAGCUUCUCCAGCCCUGGUUGUUGAGCUUUGGUCCUAGUCUGGGUCAUGCUGUGUUUACUGAAGAUCAAGGGGAGGCUGAGUCCACGGACUCUCCAUCUCUAUGUAUCCAACGUGGGGAGGAGCGCUGAGCUCCAUCCACUUUCUGGCCCCACCAGACACUGCAGCCCAAGUUCGGUUUGGGCCCAAACGAUCUCACGUGGUACGUUUAGACAGAGGCUAAAUCACCACUCUAGAAUCUCAAUGAACACCUUCCUGCAAGGAAGAAUGCUUGAUUUGAAAAUGGUGAUGUUAUUUCUUCCAGUUUGUGUGAGGUGGGGUAAGGGGCUAUGAAUUGGGGUAAAAGAGUAUUUCCUGAUCUUCCAAGAAGGCAGUGAAGAGUUUGAAGGAGCAGCGUCAGGGUAGAAGGGACAGUACCGCCAAUGCUUCUGAGAAAAAGAAAAAAGUAUCUUGUGUUCUUCUGCCUCGAGUUUGUACCGAAAUGCUGUUUCUAAAGGAGACGCGUGGGAUGGGCUGUGACCCCACAGUGAAGAAAACACGAGGUCUCCCUUCCUCAAAGGGACCAACUGAACAUAAAGACGGAUCUGUAGAGAAAGAUUUUACUGUGAAUAUCUCUUUCAGGGCUCCUCCUGCAUUAUUGUGAAUAUAUUCUGGAAGGAAUGGUACUCAAAGCUGCUUAGGAAUCAAAACGUUCCCGGUGUGUUGAUUGAUCUAUUAAAUCUCUGAAACUGUGCGCGUGCUUUCCAAAAGUGUCAGUUACGGUGCAUGAACUGUAACAGACCAACAGGUGACAGCCCUCUUGCUGAGGGUGGACUUUCUCCUGGGAGAUGUGGGAGGGGUGGGGGAAGAUGGCAAACAGGACCAUAUGUUGUCUCGACGCCAGCUCACCUCCGGGGGGAAGUGACCUUGGCUACAGACGUGCCUUUUCCUGUGCGGCUCCAUCGAAUCACUCCAAUGUGUCUUGGCACAUGAAGCGGCAGCUGUGGCAGUUUUCACCAAGGAUGGUUCUGUUUUCCGGGGCCCGGGGAUGAGUUUGAUCAGAUUCACACACACGCUUUGGUCCCUCUGACCAAGAGCAGUAAGAAGUCUGAUGGGCUAAGAGUUGUGCACUUUGUCAGUGGCCGUAACACCAGACCUACACGGGAGAUUACUCUGUGCCUGGAGGUAUGCUGGCACCGCAAUUUGAUCUAUUGACAAAGCUAAAGGAAAUGAGGGAGCUAGAAUUCUCUGCUGGCCACUGUCGUGAGGUUGUAUGACUCCGUAGUCCCUUCAUUAACCUGGGGGGGGGGUCAGAACACAUUCCUUCCGGUCUGUUCUGCUCCGUUAGCAGCAUGCUUGGGGAUUGCCGGAAGUGAAAUGAUCUUAUGCAAUCUAUUCCUUUAGACUGCUGAAGAGCUGAACCACUGGAGUCUUUGUGACUGGUGUCUCUUUCUGGGUUAUUCGGGGGAAUCCGUGCUUUCAAAUAUUCCUUUAUUAGGAUUAAGGCAUUCUCCUAUCUGGAGUCU